AUAGAACUAAACAGAAGAGAAUAGAGAUAUUUUGGGUUCUGGUGUUGUGUACGUUAUCAAAACCAAUCCAUUUCUUUCUCUCUCUUUUCUAUUCGCUCAAAUGGCUGUCAACCUUGGAAACCUGGCGCUGUUACUGGACCUGGCUUCGCCUCGGGGCGCGAUUCUAGAGAGGAAGACUCGUCCCGUUGGAUCCGACAUCGUUUUGAGCUCGGCAACCUCCAAGAGGGACUCCCCCUCCUCUUGCUGCUAUGCACCCGAGGGAGACGCGCGGAACCGCGUGGUGAUGGCGCGUGGAAAGUCCAACUCGGAGAAGAACGGCGUAGAGUUUGACAGCGACGAGGAGGAGGAGGAAGAAGGCGGGAUGGAGGACUGGGAGAUGGAAAUGCGGCGGAGAGUGAGGGAGUUUGAGGCGAGGAGGGAGCUGGAGACGAAGGCGGAGGAGUUACAGAGCAGCGUUGAUGAAGCCAGGGAAGAAACUGAGGAGGAGAAAAGGAUGAGAGUCAGGAAAGAACUCGAAAAGGUCGCUAAGGAACAGGCAGAAAGGAGGGCCACUGCACAGCUGAUGUUUGAUUUGGGCCAGAAGGCUUAUGGAAAGGGCUCCUAUGGACGUGCCAUUGAGUUUCUUGAAGCUGCACUUACUAUCAUACCAAGACCUACAUUAUUUGGUGGUGAGAUUCAAAUAUGGCUGGCUAUGGCCUAUGAGGCCCAUAACCGCCAUAAAGAUUGCAUUGCUCUAUACCGGCAAUUAGAAAAUACACACCCGAGUAUCAGCAUCCGACGCCAAGCCGCUGAGCUUCGGUAUAUUUUGCAAGCGCCAAAGCUCAAGAUAUCCCAGGAGGAGAUGGUGACUAUACCCUUGAUUGGCUCUAGUUAUGACAGGACAUGUUUAUCUGGAAUUUUUGUCAGGAAGACUUUUGAUACAUGGAUCAUUUUACUUGUUGAGCUAGUUACAAAAACUAACCAUCGACUUUAAUAUCACUGGUUGGGUUUUAUUAAAGGAGAUUCACUGGAAAGAUACAAUACUAAUGAGACUUGAGUCCAAUCAUAUAAGGAAUUAACACAUCCAUAACCCAAAUCCUUGAAGUAUUGGGUUAAUGAGUUUUUAUCCUUAUAUGAUGUUUCACUUUCUCAUUUCUAUCCAAUGUAAGAUUUAGACUCAUACUUGGUUUCUAACAAUAUUCAUUCUUCAUAAGUUCACUAUAGUUAGAUAUAUAAUGUGAAACACCUUAUGGUUCAUUCCGUAAAUAGAAUUGAUUUGUUCCAAAAGUUAAUGUCUGGUCACUUGAAUUUAGGAAUUCAAGUAAAGGAUCAUAUAGAGAAUGCUGAUGAUGCAUGCAAUCAUAUAUAUGAAUAUGAUGGUUUUACAAUUAAUGUCUUUGCCUGCCAUCAUUGUUAGUAUGGAUCAAAUGUUACGAUGUCAUAUUCAAAUUAAAUAAAUGUACAUUGUUGUGCUGUUGAAUUGGAUUAGCUUGUCUCAAAUAUUGCUGAAAAUGGCUUUCAAUGUUUUGUAUUGCAAGUCCUGACACAUUUCUAAGCUAUUUCCUUUGAUUUAGAGGACCACUAGUUUUGGUCAAUUCAACACCUUCACCUCCAAAGAACUUCAUAUGUGAAUCAUAAGUCCAGUUAAGCCUUUUUCCACCCAACAUCAAUGAUUCACUUUUCCGCUAUUUCAUAUUUAUGUUCUUUAAUUAUGACACUUUGGUGAGUUUGUCCUUUGGUAUUUAUGUAGAACCGACAUUUUCUAUUGUUGUUUACAAUAUUUUCAUGUGAUUGAAGCCUCUCAAAGUUCUCUACAUCUACAGUUAUUACUCUUUUAUUGUCUAUCUUUCAUAAUGCGUAUUUUCACAAAUUGUUUAGAUCUAAAAUCUUAAGUGGUUUUUGAAAAUACAUUUUAGAUCCAAACAAUUGUACAGGAGUGUCACUAUUAGCGGUCAUAACUUCAUAUCCAAGGGUUUCAAGCAUUUUUGAUAUUGUUACAAGGCAUCUUAAGUUGUUAUCUAAAACUAAAAUUUUCAAACUCAAUACUAGAUAAUUGUAUUUCCUUGAAUCAAAUGAUUGAAACAUAUUUGAGUUUUAGAGAACAUAACACAGGAAGUAGAUCUCAAUUAGUUGUAACAAACUAUUGUUAAACUUUAUUAAACUUGAUAAUUUCUUUUAGGUAUUUAGAUCUUGUGCUCCAGCAAAAGAGCUUGUUCUGCCAAUCUUAUAAAGAAGACUUAGGGUUUGUAACUUUACACUUACAUUUAAUAUCGGCAUAAUUUGAUGAGUCCAUAUAAAGUGAUUUCAAUGAAUUUAACCCAAUGUAGGUAUUAAAUGUAAGUGUAUAGCUAUAAAUCCUAAGCCUUUUUAUAAGAUCUACCAUAUUAGGUCUUUUGUUUGAGCAUAAAAUCUAAGUACCUAACAAGAAUUAUGAAGAUUAGCAAAGUUUAGUAAUAGAUUGUUACAAGUAAUUGAUAUAUACUUUGUGUGUCAUAUUCUCUAAAAUGGACUCAAAUAUGUUUCAAUCAUUUAAUUCAAGAAAGUACUAUUAUCUAAUACUGAAUUUGAAAGUUUUGGUUUUAGAUAGCAACUUGAGAUGUCUCGUAACAGUGUCAAAAAUGCUUCAAACCUUUGGAUAUGAAGUUAUGACCACUAAUAGUGACAUUUCCGUACAACUGUUGGAUCUAGAAUGUAUUUUCAAAAAUCACCUAAGAUUUCAUAUUUAAGCAAUUUGUGAAAAUACGCAUUAUGGAGAAUAAACAAUGAAAGUGUAAUAACUGCAGACGUAGAGAACUAUUAGAGGCUUCAGUCAUAUGAAAAUAUUGUAAACAAUAAUAAAGAAUGUCAAUCAUACAUGAAUACCAAAGGAUAGACUCUUCAAAGUAUCAUAAUUGGAGAACAUAAACAUAAAAUAAAAGGAAAAGUGAAUCAUUGAGGUUGAGUAAAAAAAGGCUUAGCCGGCUUAUGAUUCAUAUAUGAAGUUCUUCAGGAUGAGGUGUUGAAUUGUU